UCCAUACUGCAGUUUUGGCUAAACUUAAUCAUUUUCAUUUCUCAUUUUAUCUACUAUAUUAUUAAUACCUACUUUAAUGUAAAGCAAAGGUCAAAAAUCAACAAAGCACUGUGUUUUCUUUGUUUUUAAUUAUUAAUUUAAUUUCGUGAAUUACGUGUUAAAAAAUAAUUUGCAUAUAGAACUCAUAAAACCUAUCUACGCACCAAUAUAAAUAACAGUAAAGUGUAAACCCAAGGGCACGUCGCAAUGGGUAAUAAAUCAUCGCUAUUGUUAAGGGAAGAAGAAAUAGCCCAGAUUCAAGAAGAAACUGGAUUUACUCCAAACCAAAUUGAGCGUCUCUAUUCUCGCUUUACGUCUUUGGACAAGAAUGACUGCGGAACACUUUCCCGAGAGGAUUUCCUGCGAAUUCCUGAGUUGGCCAUAAAUCCUCUUAGUGAGAGGAUUGUUUCCGCCUUCUUUGCAGAGAGCCAUGACGAUAGAGUCAACUUCUUACAGUUUAUGCGAGUGCUAGCUCACUUCAGGCCUAUCAGGAAGAAUAGAGAGAAUAAACUGAAUAGCCGAGAGGAAAAAUUGAGGUUUGCAUUCUCAAUGUAUGACCUGGACAAUGAUGGUAUGGUGUCAAGGGAUGAACUAUUGGCUAUCCUGCACAUGAUGGUUGGAGUGAACAUUAGUGAAGAGCAGCUAUCUAGUAUAGCAGAGAGAACAAUACUGGAAGCAGACACCAAUAAUGACCAGAUGAUUUCCUUCGAAGAAUUCUCUCGAGCCCUCGAAAGGACUGAUGUGGAGCAGAAGAUGUCAAUCCGUUUCCUGAAUUGACCACUAACCCUAUGAACUGUGCACAUUAAAUACCUACUAACUGUAGUGUUUGUGGUUUUUAUUUUUAAGCUCUUCAGGAAAUGACUAUGGGGUUUAGUAUUGUUAGAGAAAUUGUUCUAGCUGCGGCAAUUUAGUUUUGUGGUUAACAUAAUGAAUGAUUGUAUUCGAUUGUAUCUUGAUAAAGAGCCAUAAAAAUGGUAUUUGUAAUUUUUUAGCGAGAAAUCGACGUAGUAUUUAUUAUAGCUGAUAAAAGAUAGCGAAUAAUUUGUUCCAAAAUAACAGUUCCUGAGCGAUGAGAUGUAUAUGUCCAAAUUUUUGUUGUAAGUGAGAGCGAAGCUUCAAAACUUAGAUACCGUGAAACAAAUAAAUGUUAUUUGCAUAAUAUAGUAAUUAGUAUGCUUUAAUCUCACAAUUGUAUUAAAUUCAUACAUGUUAUUUAAAAAGUAAUACCUAUUUAGCGCAUAUAGUCUGAUAUUUAAAUUUGAAAUUAUGUAGCAUCAAAAUCUAUUAUACUUAAUUGCUUUAGCUGGGAUAUUUGCUCUCUCAGAUAUGUUACUAAUCCAUGAAUUCUCAAAUAUUACUUAAAUUUCACUAUAAAGAUAAGUUAUUUGAGUAAUCCUUGAGAAAAUCUGUCAAAAGAUGUAAAUGUUGUUGUGACCAAAUUAAAAUAUUGUAAUAUAUAUCUAACUUAGCGUAAUAUAUUUUGUUUAAAA